CAUUCGUCUUCAUCUUUGCUUCAUUCACUCAGACAUACCUUUUCCUCCACCCAUGUGAGUUGUGCCUCCUUCUUUCUCAGUUUCUCUCUCUAUAGCUAUAUGUGUAUAUACACAUAUUUAUUAUAUUGUGUGUAUAUAUAUAUAGCAAAAAGUUAAUCGCUGUAGAUUUUUUAACUUAUAUAAACCCUAAGAAAAGAACAGAAUGACUACGAGACUUUAGGUAGAAAGAAUCCCCUGUUCUCUCUCUAAAUGCGUGUGGGGCUAUAUAUGUAUGUAUGUAUAUAGAUACAUGUAUGUAACUUUCUGUAGAACGAAGUAAAUCUGGCGAUGAAAUCCCAUCAUUUGCGGUUCUUGCACUGAGAUUUACCGCAGAUGAAGAUCUUCAUCGCUCAGUUUGCUACCUUCAUUGCUAUAUUCGCCUUUCUGAGCUCCAUUCGGGCUCGCUCUCCUCCCUCCUCUGCAGAGCCCAGAGACACUCUCAAGUUCAUCUUAGGAGAAGUGAAUUUGGGGCCUUGGAAAGAUGGAAUCUUGAGUGUAUCUGCAGAAGCACCGGGACCUGCAACAGAUGUGCCUACAGUCCCUCUUGUGUUGGCUGCUGAAAGGACAAAGAGGCCGGACAUUCUUCGUGGCUUCAAGCGUUAUCGAGGUGGAUGGGACAUUGCCAAUAAACAUUACUGGGCUUCUGUUGGAUUCACAGGUGCUGCCGGUUUUAUCCUUGCUGCACUAUGGUUUGUUUCUUUUGGCUUGGCUCUUCUGGUACAUCACUGCUGUGGAUGGAGAAUAAGUGGCCAAGGCAAACGGUCGUACUGCUCACAAAGAAUAUGUCUGAUAAUGCUUAUUGUCUUCACAUGUGCUGCAGCGAUAGGAUGUAUUCUUCUUUCCGUUGGACAAGACAAAUUUCAUGAUGAAUCACUGCAUACUCUAAAUUAUGUUGUGAACCAGUCAGACUACACUGUGCAGACACUCAGAAAUGUCACAGAGUAUCUGUCAGUUGCAAAGACUAUUAAUGUCGCCCAGGUUUUCCUUCCUUCAGAUGUCAAAGAUGACAUUGACAAGUUGAUUAUAGACUUAGAUACUGCAGCAAAUACACUGACUGAUAAAACAAAUGAAAAUUCUGGCAAAAUACGAAGAGUUUUCAAUGCAGUGCGAUCAGCAUUGAUCACUGUUGCAGCAGUGAUGCUUCUCCUAUCUCUUCUUGGUCUUGUCCUGUCUAUCCUUGGUCACCAACAUGCAAUUCACAUAUUCAUCUUUAGUGGAUGGUUUCUAGUGGCAAUUACGUUUAUUCUUUGUGGAGUUUUUGUAAUCCUUAACAGUGCAAUUUCAGACACCUGUAUGGCCAUGGGAGAAUGGGUAGAUAAUCCCCAUGCAGAGACUGCUCUUACCAACAUCCUUCCAUGUGUUGACCAGAGAACCACAAACCAGACUCUGUUUCAGAGUAAAGAAGUCAUCAAUGAUAUUGUAAAUAUUGUUGAUCAAUAUAUAGACAACGUCGCCAAUUCCAAUCCGCCGCCUCAGAUCAUUCCUAGUUAUUACAACCAGUCAGGACCUACAAUGCCGCGACUCUGUCACCCAUAUGACAAUCAACUGCAAGACUAUCCAUGUCCAUCUCAAGAGGUUUCUACGGCAAAUGCUUCUUUGGUUUGGCAGAGUUACAUUUGUACCGAGUCGGCACCUGGAUUUUGCGGCAGUGUUGGGAGGUUGACUUCAGACAUGUACGGUCAGUUGGUGGCAGCAGUUAACAUAAGCUUUGCUCUUGAGCACUACACCCCACCAUUACUAAGUUUCCAGGAUUGCAAUUUCGUUCGUGACACAUUCCGAAAUAUCACUUCAGGUCACUGUCCUCCCCUGCAGCAUUAUCUGCAGAUGGUAAAUGCAGGAUUGGGCCUCAUUUCAGUAGGAGUUAUGCUGUGUCUUGCCCUUUGGUUAUUCUACGCAAACCGCCCCCAAAGGGAGGAAGUGUUUGUGAAGCUAUCUUCAAGAAUAAAAGGCAGUUGCAGUAGCAAGAACAGUAGCAACAAUGGUGUACCGUCAAGAAGCACUCCUCCAAAGGGCGCAGUCUAGAACGGUUACCGAAAUAUAUAUGUAGAAGUAGGGAAAAAAAAAGGAAAAUUAGAUGUUACAGGCUCUGUUUUAUCCCCUUGUUAGCAGAAGAAAUCAAGGUGGGGCGAAGCACCAUUUUGAGUUGCAGGCUGAUGCUAGCCAUUUCCUAGUAUGUCUUGUUAUCUCUGUACAGUAGCAUGAAGAUCAGUUGUUUUGCUGAUCAUUUUACUAUAAUAUAUCGGUUCGUGGUGUUCCAAGUGAA